AGGGGAUAGUCAAGUCAACCACCUUCAUAAUUGAUUGAGUUGAGUGUACAAGUACAGUAGUAUCCACCACCGUCUUCAUAAACACACAUCUUUAUCUGUAUUCUGAAAUCUGAAUCUCCCCAUUAAUAUUAAAUACGCUCACCUUCAUUUUCCCGGGGAUUGCUUCUCUUUCACUCUCCUAACUCCACCUUCCAAACCUAACUUUUAUUACAAAAACAUUCUUUCCUCUUUUAAUCAAUUUAAUGUUCUUCAAUUUCAUGCUUUCUGUGAUUUCUUCUUUCCUAGGGUUUCUUCCAUUGUUUGAUUCUACCUAAUUUCUUCAAUUUUUUUUCUGAGAAAAUAUGGAAGUCGAGCAACCUAAAGCUCUCCCUAAUCCUAUGACCUUCGAUGAAGCUUCCAUGGAGCGUAGCAAAAGCUUCGUCAAAGCUUUGCAGGAACUCAAGAAUCUGAGACCCCAGCUUUACUCUGCCGCUGAAUACUGCGAGAAGUCUUAUCUUCAUAGUGAGCAGAAACAAAUGGUAUUGGACAACCUAAAAGAUUAUGCUGUACGAGCUCUAGUUAAUGCUGUAGACCACCUAGGCACUGUUGCGUACAAAUUGACUGACCUUCUUGAGCAACAAACUUCAGAUGUGUCAAACACAGAGCUGAAAAUAACAUGUCUAAAUCAGAAACUUCUCACUUGCCACACUUAUAUGGAGAUGGAAGGCCUUAGGCAGCAGCAACUUUUGGCAAUUAUUCCAAGACAUCAUAAACGCUAUAUAUUGCCAAACUCUGUCAACAAAAAGGUGCACUUUAGUCCUGCUGCGCAGUCUGAUCCUAGGCAAAUGCAUGUCCAGGCUAGGCCUCGUGUUCAUCCUUCAGGCUCACCUGGAAAGACUCUUUCUUGGCACCUUGGCUCUGAAUCAAAGUCUCCCUUAAAAGGGAAUCAUAAGACUGUUUUCAGCGGCUCUGAAGUCCAAAAGGCUUCUCCUAGAUCUCCCGCAGUAUUCCAGCUCCUAGAUAAUGAGGCUGACAUUCGGGCUAAGUCAUCAGGGCUCCAUACACAGCUACCUAGUGGAGAUCCAGCUGGGGCUUCUAUGCAACCAUAUGGUGCUAUGCCUAAGGAUUCUGUAUCGGAUUCUAAGGCCAUGACACCAUUCAAGUCUUUUAACAACUCCAACUCCCGGCAAGCGAUUGUUAAGGCCCCAAUUCGCCACAAAAGCAUGCUGUCGGCUUUCUUUGUCAAACAGAAAACACCGAAGCUCAGGACUGGUAAAGUGGCUUAACUUUCAUUCACGAACAUGCUUCUGUUGCCAAGUUUGAGAGGAGUUUUUCUAAGUUGCUGUAUCUGAUAUCAGAAGUACAAAGCCCUUGAUACCAUUGGCCGGAAGCUGAUUGAGGCUUUCAUGUUUACUUGACUUUCUCAGUUUAUAUACCUACCAAUCAGGUGAUUUAUAUCCUAUGAUGAAAGAUAUUGUCAACAGUGAAUUUCUCUGUACAUCCAAAAAAAAAAAAAAAAAAAAAAAAAAACCCUGCAUUCUAGUGACUUAUUAUAAAGCUUUAUAGCUUGAUCUGUGGCAUCCAUUUGCUUGUAAAUCUAAUAAUGUGAUAGUUUACUGCUGAAAUAAUCAUGUAUAUCUUGAGAUGUUCAGAAGUUUUGAAAUUAUGAGUUUGGUACAUAAAUGGCAAUGAAA